AUGUUCUUAGAAGCAACUACUAUAGACAUUUUGAAACCGUCUAAUGACGAACUUCGCACAAUCAUAGAGAAAACUUUGAAGAAAAAUUUCAAAAAUGUGGAAGUGGAUGUUACAACUUGCCCAGAUCUGUCGGCGGCACCAUUCUCAAUGACUUCAAAUGGCUUUGGUCGUAAACUUGUAAUUGCGGAAGUUGGCGGGCCAGGCAAUCUCUUUCCGGUGAUUCAUAAAGAAAAGGAAUUUGACCUUCAGGAAAUUUGCCGACAUUGCCAAGUACCAUCAUCAUUUGUAUUUGGUCCUGGAGCAGGUCCAUGGCAGGUAGUCGGGAGAAAUUGUGAAAUGGUGGCUGAUGCUAAUUUUGCUACUUCAAAGGUCUGUUAUUCAAUUAGCACCUCUAUCGUCUCGAGGUAACG